AUUCCUACGUUUUGGUUACUAGAGGCGAGUCUACUUAGCGGCUGUCUCUCUGCUUUGCAACUCCUGGAAAUGGCAGCUUCUCUCUUAUCUUUCCCCUCUUUAAGCAACCACCGGAUUAAUCAAGCUUUUGUCGACUUGCAUUCAAGUCAUCAGAAAGGCAUGAAAUGUAUUUUCAAACUAUACAUGAUACCGGCUCAAGCCAUUAGUCCUCACUGCACAUUGAAAACUUUUACUUCAGUUGCCUCAUUAAAUGUGGAUGUGGCAUGCAAAGGAAAUUCAUCAGGUGCCUCGAAUCCAAGUGACCUCCCAAGGUCUAGGACAUUGCUUCAAAGCCCAAGUAAUCCUUCGGAUGGUAUGAAAGAUUUUGAGAGACAAUUGCAAGAGUUGUAUGAUGAAGUUAAGUCAAUGAUUUUGAUGGGAAACAAAGACAACGCUAUGGACCUACUCCAAGCAAAUUAUGAAGUUGUGAAAGAGCAGAUUAAUGCAGGUGCUAGAGGCAUUGAAGAAGCUGCUACACUUGACGUCAUAGCGUUGGGAUACAUGGCUAUUGGUGAUUUGAAGUCUGUUGGGCCUAUACUGUAUUUGUUGGACAAGGUUGUUGAAAGUCUAAAAGAUGAUGGCCCCCUUCUAGAUUCAGUAUUAAUACACAUGGGAAGCAUGUAUUCAGCUUUGGGGAAGUUUGAGAACUCCAUGGUUGUAUAUAAAAGAGUAAUAGGUGUUCUAGAAAGCAAAUAUGGGAAAAGUAGUAUUUUUCUUGUCUCACCAUUUUUGGGGAUGGCAAAAGUUCUUGUUUCAAUUGGAAGAGUGACAAAAGCCAUAGAGAUUUACCAACGUGCAAUAACUAUUUUAGAAUCAAGCAGAGGUGUAGAGAGUGAAGACUUGGUGGUCCCUUUAAUUGGUCUAGGCAAUCUUUUGCUCAAGGAAGGAAGAACUACUGAUUCUGAAAUUCAUUUUAUUAGAAUUUUGAGCAUAUAUAGUAAGUUAUAUGGAGAAAAUGAUGGAAGAAUUGGCGUGGCUUUGUGUUCCCUAGCCCAUGUGAAGUGCUCAACAGGGAAUGUCGAAGAAGCUAUUGACUUGUAUGGAAAGGGUCUUCAGCUCAUCAAGGACACAAAUUAUAUAGCUCUGGAUGACAGUAUCAUGGAGAAGAUGAGGAUUGAUUUGGCAGAAUUACUUCAUGUUGUAGGGAGAGGAAAAGAAGGCCGAGAGCUGCUAGAGGAAUGCUUGUUGAUCUCUGAAAGAUCCAAAGGAAAAGAUCAUCCCAGCUCAGUUACCCACCUUCUAAAUCUUGCUACCUCUUAUUCACAGUCCAAGAAUUUUGUUGAGGCCGAGCGGUUGUUGAGGAUAAGUUUGGAUAUCAUGGCGAAAACUGUAAGCCCUGAGGAUCAGUCCAUCACCUUCCCAAUGUUACAUCUUGCAGUGACUCUAUACCAUUUAAAUCGGGAUGAAGAAGCAGAGCAACUUGCUUUGAAGGUUUUGCGCAUUCGUGAGAAGGCAUUUGGAAAAGAUUCUCUUCCAGUUGGGGAGGCUCUGGACUGUUUGAUAUCCAUUCAGACCAGAUUAAAGAGGGCAGAUGCUGAGUUGCUAGAGCUACUCAAGAGGGUUUUGAAUAUUCAAGAGAAAGAGAGCCAUGAGAGUGAAGAGGUUAUGCAAACCCUAAAGAAGAUUGUAUUCUACUUAGAUAAAUUAGGAAGAAAGGAUGAGAAAUUUUCCAUUCAGAAAAGAUUGUCUGUGCUGAGGAUGAAAUAUAAACAAACGGUUCAAUAUUAAUAUCAUAAUUCAUUAGCCUUCAA